AUGGAGAAAAAUGUGAUCAAGUUAGAGAAAAAUUUGAAUUUGAUCAACAUGCCUUCAAGCAAAGCUGUCCGGCAGCUAAUACAAGUUGCCCUAGUCCCCCUACCUCCUACCAAUCUAAACCACAUUGUGGUCGGAAUUGUUGGCUCCAUGAACACAUGGAAGAAGAAGAAAGCACACACAGAAGCAUGGUGGAAACCUAGUUACCUCUUUUUAGAUCGAGCUCCUACGCUGGAAUUUCUACCAUGGCCUUCAUCUGCUCCUCCUUUUCGAGUCAGUGAGGACAUCACAGGAUUCGAAGUGUACCCAAAAAUUGUGAGGCCAAACCAAGUACGAAUAAUACGUACAAUUUUGGAGACAUUCAGAGAGGGUGACAAAGAUGUGAGAUGGUAUGUAAUGGCGGAUACCAUCCUUUUUGUUGAUAACUUAGUUGAGGUUCUUGCAAAGUAUGACCACACUGAGUACUAUUACAUUGGUUCCAGUUCGGAAUGUAUUAAGUCUAACUUCGAUUUUUCCUUCGAUAUGGCGUUUGGCGGCGGCGGUUAUGCUUUGAGCUACCCGUUGGUGGCAACAUUGGCAACAAAGUUGGAUGAGUGUAUUGAGAGAUACCCAUACUUGCGGGUCAGUGAUUUUAUGUUACAUUCAUGUUUGGCUGAUUUAGGAGUCGCUCUAACUCAAGAAAAGGGGUUUCACCAGAUCGAUCUCCGUGGUGACAUAUCAGGUCUUCUAUCAUCUCAUCACACCUCUCCUCUCCUCUCCCUCCACCACAUUGACACCAUAGACGCAAUAUUCCCCUUCAUGAGCCGCUCUGAGUCCAUUAACCACCUCAUGAGGCCAGCAAAAGUUGACCCUUCUCGUCUUCUUCAACAAAUCAUCUGCUACCACAGACCAAGCAAUUGGUCUUUCUCAGUCUCAUGGGGCUAUUCUGCUCACAUUUAUGAUAAUAUAAUUCCCCUGAGCAUUUUACGGAGACCCCUCGAGACAUUUAGGCCUUGGAAGAACACAAGACCGCCAUUCUACAUGUUCAACACCCGGCUAACUUACAAUGAUCCAUGUCAAGCUCCUCAUCUGUUUUCCUUUGAUUCUAUUGAUGAGAAUGUUAAAGGAGACCAAACUGUUACAACUUAUUCACGAACAGCUGCACGUGGUUUGCCACCUUGUUCUUCAAGUGGAAACCACUCGGCGGAUUUUAUCACCAAAAUUCAGGUUACUUUGCCUGCAAUACGUUUGGAGGCCAGGGGGAAAGACUGCUGUGAUAUAGCAUAUGCACCUAACAUUAACACUACUCAAGUUAUAUACAGAGCUUGCAUGGAGGGUGAAAUUAUAGCCUAA